AUGUCACCAGUCGUUCGAGGGUGUGCUGCUCUUUCACUUUCUCAGCUGAUAGCACAUUUAGCAGAAAUCGAAUCAGAAAAAUCACAGCUUGUUAUGUAUGCUUUAACAGAAGAAUUUGCAACUACCAAUAGGGAUAACAGUUCUCCAUUUCUGCUUCUAUCGAAUACUGCAUUAGGGUGUCUGAUAAACAAAUUACUAUCAGCUCCUAGUAGUGUGACCGCAAAUCCAAAAUUGCAUAUCAACAUAUCCAUAGCCAUAAAAUCGCUACAGGAUGCUGUGUGUGAUGAUACCUUUAAAUUCAAAAAUGAAGCUGCUUGCAGCUUAGCUAUUGCUGUCGCUAAAUUUUCACGGCAUGAAGACAAUUUUAAAUCCGUAUCGGAGAUUAAAAAUAUCUUAAUUCAGAAGCUGAGUGAAUGUAGCAACCAGUGUGAUCAAAAUCUUGUCCAAAACCUCACUUAUUCUCUAGCGAUGAUAAUUUCGACAAUGAUACGAAAUGAAUGGAUAAGUGCUAGCGAAAUUUCACAACUAGAUGAUAUGAUUUCUAACAUUAUGGCUGGAACCGAGUCUAUAAAUCAGCGAGCUAUUGGUAUGCUGAUGCGAUCGUAUCAAGUUUUGAAUAUUUCGGAAUUAAACAAUAAAAGUCUGCAAAAAUUGCAAGAAUGGGGAAAUAUACUCAAAGGACAGAUCGUUAGUGCAGAUGCUGAAUUAUCAAUACUUGCAGGUCUGUGUGGAUAUUUUGGCAGUGAAAACAUUUGGACCCGUCAAUCGCAAGUCCUGUAUACCGCUAAAGAGCUGUUAUUCAUUAAAGGCGUGUACCAUAGAUUAAACAAGAUACAAAUGCACUAUGUGUUAUGCAUGAUAGAAGAUUUUGCCUCUAUGCCUGCAGAAAAGGUCAAAGCAACAUUAUCAUGCUUACUUGAAGCUACUAAGAAUGAAUCCGUUUCCCUACCACCAGCGGACUGGUCUUCUAUUCUAAAUCAUAUUGUAGAAAUUGACAGAAGCCAGGAAAUGGAAGAUAUCUGCUUAGAAUUUGCACUGCAGAAUAUUAAAUCUGGAGCUCUAAAAUUUCUUCAUGAUAGGAUAGCGCCAUCUAGAUUUCGCACGCUUUCGCAUCGUUCCAAAUGUACAUUGUUGUCAUCUUAUUUCACUAUGAUGACUGCCGUACCUGAAUGGCAAAUACAGUCUUUUACUGAAGGCCCAUUCCGAGAUUCUUUCGAUCUUUUGAAAUCCGAUUCGCUGUUGGUUACCAAUGCUUUCAUAGGAUUAAGUCAAGCACUGAAGAAUAAGUCGCACAUUUAUAAAAAUUGCAUGAACUGUAUCAUUAGCUGCCUUGAUUCGAUAGUUAGUAAUUGGACUAUAGAACAAAUUACGCAUCAUAGAAUCUUUUUCGAAUGUUUAUCCUUGUUAUCGGCAGUAGAGAUUAGGCUAUUAUUAAAGGGUCAAUUUAGUAAAGACAUUAGCAUUUGUCAUCACUUGGUUAAACUAUAUAAUUAUCCAGUAGAAUUUUUGAGUGCCUAUUUGCCAUGGACAAUUCAGGAACAUCAUGACAUGACUGAAUUGGACAUAGCUUUGCUAAGUACUAUCGAAACCAUACUAUGUUCCAGCAGUAAUGCCAUCGAUACCCAUCAGAGUCAAUUUACAUUGGAAUGGCUUGUAGAACAAUUAAAUCCCAUGAGUGACUUUUUACUAAACUUACAAGUUACUUCCAAUGAUUUAUCCAAGGUAAUAGUGGAUUUUCUGGCCGUUAUCUGCUCCGUUUUGAUUUGCUUAGAUCAACAAACGAAGAUACUAUUUUACUUUUAUCCUUUUAAUUGUCAGCUCCAGUUACAUGAUCGAUUUGUAGGUAGUUCCACGAUUGUAGAGCGUCUCGCUAAAUAUCUACCCGAUCGCAUUAACCAGCUUUCAAGUCAGGCCUCUUUAUAUCUAAGUCAACCGUUAUUGAAUUGGUUUACUGAUUUGCGUCAAAACUUUGGCGAUCAACUAACGAAGCCAUUGCGUCUAAUUUUAAAUGCAUGUGAGCAAAGCUGCCUUGGUACUAAUAAAGAAAUUCAAUUGAAAAAUACAUCUAAAUAUUUAUCCCAUGUAUUUCAUGAUAUAAUAUCUAAUUGA